AUGAUAUGUCCUUAAUACUUAUUAGAUUCCAUCAAUAAUUGUAAUGAAAGAGUAAUAAAGAGAGCAUAUGAAAGAUUGGAGGGUAAACAAGUACAAACUAAAUUAAAUUAAGAAUCUAGUAGAGGUCUGUUAAUAAUUAAAAUAAUCACUAAGAACACAAUUAGGUUUACAAAAUGUUUAAGAAAAAAUAAUAGACAGUAAAUAUUUUGUUUAUAUUUUUAUUAGAUAUCAGUUUAUUAGCAUUAUUAUUGUUAGCUCUUUGUAGCUAUAAAUUAAAUGAUUUUAAUUUAAGUUAUUUGAUUUCCUACUUUGGAUGUUCUCAAGAGAUUCCAUUUUCAAAUGAUUAAGAAUUUAAUCAAAUAGAAUGGCGAAAAUUAGAAUUAGAAUGGAUAUAAAUACAAUCCUUAUAAAAAUUGAAUCAUUUAUAACAAUGCAUACUUAAAAUAGAAACUGUUUAAAAAUAAAUAUAAAAGAGUAAAAAUAGAAAAACUUGGGCACAAUUAGAAAUUAUAUUAGAAUAGAAAAAAACUUAUUUGCAAGAUUAUGUUGAUAACAAAUAGAGAAUAUUUUAAAAGUAUAAUGAUGAAGAGAAAGCAGCUUUAGCUAAAAAAUUAUAAUUAUUAUUAAUAAAAUAAGAAAAGGAUAGAUAUUUUGAAUAAGAAGGUUAUCCUGCUUAUUUAGUAAGUUCUUAAUGGAUUGCUCGGUUUAGUUUAUUUACUAAAUAUUAUGAAUUAACAAGAGAAAAUCCAGAUUUAUUAAAAUCUUUCAUUGCUAAAAAGAAUGUAUAAUGUAAUAAUAUUAUAAAAAGAACUCAAUGGAAGAUGAAACUUUCGUAGAAAUUUUUAAAUAAUUUUGCAAUCAUUAAACAUAUCAAGAAUUGGAAAGAAUAUCAAAUUAAACCUAAAGUUCUGGUGAGAUAUAAAUAUGUCCAAUUUACAAUGAUGAUUUAAUGGAUUUAUAUACUGAAUUUGAGAAAGAUCCAUUGAAAGCAAAAAAUUAUUCAAAUUAUGCAUUAAAUAAAUCUAUUAGAGAAAACUAAAAUUUUAUAUUUGUAAGUAGUUAAAUUUGGAGACUCUUAUAUGGUUUAUUUGGUGGAGUUGAAAUAAAAAGAAUUAUUUUAUGUAGAAGUAAACAGGCAGUUGAAACACAUUUGUCUUAAAUUAGAUGUUAAUUAUUUCCUUAACCAUAAUAAAAGUUAAUAAAUUUAUAAUUUAAUGGCAAUGAAAGAAUAGAAGAUCUAAUAAAUAAAGUAUAUAGGAUAUUUAAUUAAAAAAUAAGAAAUGUUUGGAAGAUAUCAAAAGAAAUAAAUUAGGAAGAAUUGAUUUAAAAUUAAUUAAUAGUUGGUACAAAACUAAGUAAAGAUAAUGUUUUAGAAGUAUUUUUAAUUAUUAUAAAAGUAAUCUGAAAUUGGACUUGAGGAAGUUUUAUUGAUAGAAUUUGAAUAAGAUUAAUGUAGAUUAGAAAAAAAAGAAAAUUUAUAGACAAUAUUAAUUCCAAAUAAAUGUAUGAGUUGUGGUAGUUAAGAAUCUUAACUUUAUUUAUGUGAAUGUAGAAGUGUUAAAUAUUGUAAUGAAACUUGUUAAAUUAAUGAUUUGAAGAAUCACUAAGAAGAUUGUAAAAGUAAUACCUAAAUUCUUUAUAUUAGAAAUUUUGGAAAAAGAUUCUUAAAUUAAUUAAUUAGCUAAAAAAUAUAAAGUGAAACCUCCAGCUAAAAUAAUAAAAAAUUCUGCUAAAGGAAUAUGUGGAUUAAAUAAUUUAGGAAAUACUUGUUUUAUGAAUUCAAGUUUGUAAUGUUUAAGUAAUGUUACUGAAUUAACUGAAUAUAUGAUCUAUAAUACUUAUCUUUAAGAUUUAAAUGAAAAAAAUCCAUUAGGAACAGGAGGUAGAUUAGCUUGCAAUUAUGCUGAAUUAUUAAAAGAGUUAUAUGAAUCUACAUCAACUAGUGUGGCACCAUGGAAUGUUAAAAAAAUAAUUGGAUAAUAAGCACCAUAGUUUAAUGGAUAUAGUUAGUAAGACUCUUAAGAAUUACUCUCAUAUUUAUUAGACGGCCUGCAUGAAGAUUUGAACCGAAUUAAAAAAAAACCUUAUAUUCCAGAUAUAGAAUACAAAGGUUAAAGUGAUUAAGAAUUUGCUGAUAUUUAUUGGUAAAAUCAUAAAAAAAGAAAUGAUUCUAAAAUUAUAGAUCUAUUUACUGGAUAAUUUAAAUCAAGAGUAGAAUGUCCUGAAUGUAACUAUGUAUCUAUAACAUUUGAUCCUUUUGUUACAAUUUCAUUACCUAUUCCUUGUAAAGAAUAUAUUUAAUUUUAAUUUUAUUUUAUUUUCAGAGAUUCUAAUUAGACACCUUUGAAAAUUCAAUAAACUUUACAAUCAACCUAGACAGCAGGAGAAAUCAUAGAAAUAGUUUCUAAGAUAAAAAAUAUAAAGGCUGAGUAUCUAAAAUUCUAUUCUUUAUAAGAUUCAGCCAUAAUUGAUAAUGGAAUAUCAUCAGAACAAACCAUAAAAUAAAUAAAAGAGUCUUAAACUUCAAUAUUUUUGUAUUAAGAAUUUGAUGAAAAAAUAGAUAAACCAGUUUCUAAAUAUGAUCCUAGAAUAAAAACCUCUUACUAUUAAGUGUUAUGCAAUGUAAGAAAAUUAGAAGAGAACAGCCUAAAUCAAUAAAAUUACAGAAUAUCGUUUACAAGAAUUUGUUAUAUUGAUAGUGAAACAACUUAUUAAGAACUUCAUCUAAUAAUAUAUUAGAUCUUUAGAACUCAUAUAUUAUAAGUGAAUGAUGUAUCUUACAAUAUUAAUUUAGAUAAAGAAUUUGAAUAAUUCGUAAAGAAUAUAAAAAAAUUCAUAUAUAAAGAUUAAUUUGAAGAAUAUUAAGAACUAUUAAAAUUGAAAGAAAAUAUAUAUUAAUUAUAAGAUGAAAGUAAUAAACCUUUACCUUUUUCAGAUAAAUAGAUAGAGAUAAGUGGAAAAUCUAUAAUUUUGAAUGUUUAAUUUAAAUUGCGAGCUGAACUUCUGAAAUUAAAUAAAUGUGUAGAUGCAGAAUUUAUACUUUAAGUUCCUAAUUAGAGUUUACAAUAGACAAUUACAUUAAAAGAUUGUUUAAUUUAAUUUUGUUAAGAAGAGGUUUUAGGAGCAGGGAAUGAAUGGUAUUGUUCUAAAUGUAAGAAACAUUAAAAGGCAAAGAAAUAAAUGCAAAUAUAUAAGGUAUAUUAUAGAAGCUAAAACAGGCACCUUAAAUUAUGAUAUUGCAUCUAAAAAGAUUUAGAUAAACAAGAGUAACUUAAUUUUAUGGAACAUAUUAAGUAGGAGGAAUCUCAAAAAUUGUUCAAUAUGUAGAUUUUCCUGUUGAAAAUUUGAAUAUAGAACAAUUCAUUUUAGAAAAAGUAUUUUAAUAUAAUAAAAAUAAAGGAAUCAUAAUCUUAUAUAUAUGAUUUAUUUGCAGUUUCAAAUCAUUAUGGAGGGAUGGGUGGAGGACAUUAUACAGCCUAUGCAAAGAAUCCUAUGUAUAAUACUUGGUUUGAUUUUAAUGAUUCAUAAGUCAAAGAAUUAAAAUCUAAUCCAGUCACUGAUGCAGCAUAUGUUUUAUUUUAUAGAAGAAGAAAAAUGAAAUGA